AUGAAUUCGCUCAAUUUAAAUGAAACACAAACUGAAGAAUUUUAUUUAUUAAACCAGCACCUCAACAAGCUUGAACUCAAGCUCGAUCAGCAAAAGGAAGAACAAACUUCAUUACUAGCUUAUUCAAACCAAUUAUCAGAAAAAGUUGAAAGCUUAAAUAAAGAAAACAAUAAUCUAAAAUCAGAUCUUUCAGCAGGCUCAAGCGAAAUCGAAAAAUUAACUUUAGAAAUAGAAUCAAUGAAAAAAUUAAUCGAAAAUAAAAACAAAUACAAUAAAAAAUUAAAAGAAGAAAUCAAAAAAGUCCAUUCAUCAAAAAGUAAAUAUCUCGGACAACAGCGAUGUCUGCACGAUCAUUUGUUAGAAAUUCAAAAAAAGCAUGAAAUUUUAAUUGAAGAGCGUGAUGAAGCCAAGCAAAAGCUUGAUUUAAUCAUAAGAGAUAAACGUGAAAAGGAAAAUGAAAUCAAAAAUGCCAAAGAAAAAAUAGCUGAAAUAGAAAAGAAAAUUUCAGAUAUGAAACAAAAGCAUGAAUCUGAUAAUAAUUUAGUCUUUAAUGAAGAAAAAACAGUUAUGGAGAUUGAGGAAAAAAUUCGAUAUAAUGAUAAAGAAAUUACCAGGUAUAAAGAUGAUAUAAGAACGCAAAAUGAAAUUGAUAAUUUAAGAAGGAUAAUUUUGGAAGAAAAUCAUCAAAUCAAUAUAAUGAAUCAAAAUAUAGAAGAUAUUAAGUCAGAAGUCGACGAUAAAGCUGAAAAAAUUAACGAUUUAGAUAGAGAGCUUGCUGAUUUAAGUGAUAAAAGAGCCCAACUUCUUCAUAGAGGAGCUGAUUUCAGAAGAGAUGAAGAGGAGUUCAAAAAAUUGAAAAUAAUAAUGAAAAAUAAAGAAUCAGAAGCAAAAGACAUUGAAUCAGAAAUUUAUAAUACAGAAAAAAACAACUAUGCAUUAUUAAUAGAAAAUAGUGGCUUAGAUGAAAAGCAAAAAUCAGCAGAAAAUGAAGCUGAAAAACUAAAAAGACAAGCUAUUGAUAGGAAGAAUCAGCUGGAUAAUUUGCUCAAAAGGAAUGAACAAAUAAAAGAUGUUUUGAACAGAAAAGAAAAAUUAGCUGAGAUGAGAUAUAAGGCUGAAAAAGAGCUCAUGGAGUCUCUUGAAUCUUUUUCUAUGUAA